AUGAAAUCCAAUCUGAUAACCGCUGCGCUGGUUCUUUGCAUUGCUACUCUUGCCUCAGUACAUGCAUCCCCAAAUCCUUCUUGUAGACAAUAUAACAUAGAGCGUAAAAUUUGUAUUGACAAGGCUGACGAUGUCUCCACAAAGGAUUGCAUAUGUAAUUCUGAAAAAUUACAAACAUUAUAUAAUGAAUGCAAUGGAAUUGACGUCGAUUCUGAACUAUUCUUCAUAACCGAACUUUGUAACAGUAAAAUUAACGUCAAAAAAUCUACAAAUACUGAUUCUAGUUUUGAUAAUUUGAUGAAGAGACAAAAUACUAUAGAACAAAACAAAAUAGCACCUAAAGAAGAGCCUAAAGAACAAGAAAAAGAGGAACCUAAAGAACAGCCUAAAGAACAAGAAAAAGAGGCACCUAAAGAAGAACCUAAAGAAGCACCUAAAGAACAAGAACAAAAAGUUGAAAUCAAACUUCCAGAAGUUCCCGAAGUUAAAUCCAAAGUUCCAAAAGGAAAGUCUGUCAAAAAAAUUGUCGUAAAAAAGACAAGGGUUAUCAAACUUAAAAAAGUAAAGGCCAUUAAAACAUUUAAAGGAAAAGAACAAAAACAAGAAAAAGAUAUAAAAUUUACCAUACCUAAAAAAGUAAAGGCCAUUAAAACACUUAAAGGAAAAGAACAAAAACAAGAUAAAGAUAUAAAAGUUACCCAACCAUUCAGACUCAAGAUCGGACGCAAACAAUUCGGACGCAGAAUCGGACGCAAACUAGGACACGGUUUCAAACACAAACCUUUUUAA